CGUAAUUUGAAAAUGAAAAUUUGUCGAGAAGUAAAAAAAAGAUUGGCUAGUUAGGUUGCAUGAUUUAGUACAGUUAAGUAAAUGAGUGCCGUUCAGUAGUCAAGAAUUGGAUGAGUUAAGUAGAAGGAUAAAUCAUAAGAGGAGAAUACUUAUUAGGUAGUGAGAACUCGAAAAGUCAUUUUCGAAGUGAAACGCCCAGGAUUUAGGGUAUAAAGGUCAAUACACGAAAAACAAAUCCCAUCCAAGAGUGUCUAGAAAAGAUAACUAAAACCAGUUUAUAGAAAUCCAAAACAAGUUGGGAUUUGAUGGUUUGGAAACAUUUGGGCACCGGACUAAAUGUUUCUUCAAAUAAUCUGACGGAAAGUUAAAACGUGGAACUAUCUUAAACAGCCAUUACUACUAUCACCAUCCCUAUCGAUAAAAAAAACACCAGCACCAACAGAAAGGAUGUCUACAACAUAUUCACCGAUAACAGAUUAUGCUUAUGGACAAGAUUUGUAUAUGUUAAAUCGAUGUUUGGAUGAUAUUGAAUUCUUUGAAAGGAAGUUGCGAAGAAGCUUAAACAUGUCAACAAAUGAACUAGCCGAUAAAAGCGGUGGUGAUGGAAAAAACAACGAUAACCAACCUCCAAAUUCUGCACUAACAACUGACGCGUUGCAGAAAACUAAGUUUGCAUUGAAUAUUACUGAAAAAGUUAGAAAAACUCUUCCGUACUUAUCUAAAGAAAUUUUUGUCUAUUUAAUAAAAGUUGUUCGUAAAGUUCAUCAUGUUGCGAAGAAAAAGCAAAUUCCAGAUUACAAUGUCAAUAUUGUUGUGGAUGUCGUUGAACCGCUAUUGAGUGAACCCACGAUUACAUCAUUAUUCAAAUUGUUCUCAGCUAAAACAAAAGAAGUUUGGUUAGAACUUGGACCUUCUUGGAAUACGCCAAGUUCAAAAUGGCCAAAUCCAUUAACAACUUAUAUGCCAACAUUUAAUCAACCCUACAAACGGAGGAAAACAAAAUAUCGAUCAGGUGAUGCCAUCAGCAGAAGUGAUGUAAAAACCCAAGAUCAGGCUUUCGUAAGAAAUGAUGGAGUUAUUUAUUUGAAACCCGCUGAGAUUUAUGCAUCGACUUAAGAUAUUGGAUGCAGUAUGAUGUAUAUAUGUGAGUCGAUUGCAAUGAUUAGCUAAGUGUGAGUUAUAAUUGUCGAAUAACUGAUGAUUAUUCAUCAAAAAAUUAAAGCCUGCAUUGUGUAGAGUGAGGGAUUAGUACACUGAUCGACAUAAAUUCACCAGAAAAGUCAAACUGAAGUGGAUAUUAUAUCAUGAAGUGGUCCAUAUAUGAAACGGAAGAGAUAGUAUGAUGAUAAGAGUAGUAGUAAUGUGAAUAAUUGACGAGAUGUGCAAAAAAUUUCAAAUAGGUCUGAAGAUUUAGUGGGAAACAAGGAAAAAGCAAAGCACGGUUCAUCGAAAAUGCUUUAAGGAGGAAGAGAACGAAGAUUCUAAAUAAAGCGAAACGUAAAGAUGAAAUUAUAUUACUUAUUUUAAAGUAUCGUUCAUUAUGGACUGACAUAAUUUGAAGAAAACUUUUCGGCACUGGAUAGCUAUAUCUUUCCAGUAUGGAAAUCGUUAACAGUGCACACCCAUAACCCCUCCAAAAGGUCAAACCAAGUACCUGAAUUCAAGUAAUUUAUACAAACCUCCAAAUUGAAUGUUAUUUAUUUGAUGGAAAGCUAGGUAAGGGGAAAGGCUUCAAUGCGUUCUUUUUGAAUACAAAGUUCAGGCUAAGUUGAUCUUGUAGCCAAAGUUUUGGGGAGAUGGAGAAUGCUUAAAAAAGUAUCUGGUGGUGAUGUCUUCGGAAGGCGGCGUUUCGCAGCAAAAGCUGUGGAAGCAUCUGUGUGGCAUCCUGUGCCUACCAAAUGUACUAGCAUAGAACUUCUAGUCGUUUUGUGCAGGUAGAUGUCCUCGUAUUCGCUUAUCUUCGC